AUGUCCAAUUUAGCACCGCUUAUUGGUCUUAAACGCAUGAAAACUAGUUGUGCUCCGACCCCCUCAAGGGUGUGCCGAAAUUACUCUGAACUGAUUUACAAAAAAGUGCCAAAACCAACACUGUCGAUAAAUUCAAUUAAUAAAUACGAUACGAUCAAUACCUGCAAGGAUUACAAACCGUUGAUAGUCGGCGGUACAAAAGCUGAUCCCAAAGAAUUCCCACAUAUGGCGUUAAUCGGCUAUGGCAGUGUUCCGGAGUACGUCAUCUGGAAUUGUGGAGGCUCGUUAAUCAGCGACAGGUGGAGAAUAUUGGAAAGCCGUCGGUUUUGCGCAGGCAGCGUACAAAAAGAUACCUGUCAGGGUGAUUCCGGGGGACCACUUCAAAUAAAACAUCCUGAAUUCCCAUGCGUGUACACACAAGUAGGUAUAAUUUCAUUUGGAGGUAUAUGUGGAAACGGUAUGCCCGGUGUUUAUACAAAGAUAUCCAAUUAUAUUACAUGGAUAGAGAACACUGUGUGGCCAAAAUAA